AUGAAAAAAACAUUUACUUUUGCUGAUUUAAGUACAUCUAUUUAAUCAGGAAUCAGUAAUCGUUAAAUCUAACAAACAGGUUCUUGCACUUAAAUAAGAUCUGCUAGUCUCCGAAAAGCCAUUUCUAGACUCAAAUAGGAAAAUAGAGUAGCAAUUAUGGGAAUCAGCUCGAUAAGCAAUGCAUAAGUAUUAAUAUGAUUCUAUGUCCAGGUUCCUAAAAACUAAUCAUACUUUCAAAUCAAGUUAGAAUAAAAGCAUAAUAGAAUUUCUAAUCCCUCUCAAGAGCCCCAUACUAAUAUAAAUUAAUUUGAUCAUAAGAAAGAAACCAUAAGAAGAAUCAAUUAACUCCAACAAUAUUGUAAAAGUCAAACUGCACUUGAAAUAGCAGCUUAAAAAUACUCACUAAAGAAGUCAUAUAAAGGAGCUUCUGAUUUGUCCACUGUUCCUACUUUGAUUGAUAAAUUAAACAGAGAUAUCAUAAAUAAGAAAUCUAAUGUUAUACAGGAUGUUAUGAAGGAGGAACUAAAAAAGAGAAUACCUAGAAAGUAAAAGGAAAUCAAUUAUGAACUGGAUUCGAUGUUCAAAAAUUAUAAAUCAUUCUCUUAAUUAUGUUUGAAUGAAAAUACUAGCAUUCAAAAAGACAAGAUCUAUAAUGGAUAUCUGAAAGUAUAUAAUUCUGGAAAGAAUGAUAGAAUAUUCUUAAAUAAAAUUGAGGAAAGAAAGAAAAGUCUUAGUGAUGAAUCCGAAGAAUAUCGUGCAUUUCUUGGAGAAAUUGACGAAGCAACUAUCCAAAGAGAUGUAUAUAAUAAUAAUAUUCGAAAUCCAUUUCUGGAUGAUAAAGUAACUGUUAUGUAAAUGAAAAAGGAUGGAUUUUUGAAAAGAAGAAUAACAUAAUCUUGA